AUGCCUCGGAGGCACAAGAAUAAGUCCCAUGCCCGCGGGAAAUGCCACCAGGUCCAGGGGGACACUCAGGAGGCCCAGGGUUCUCCCCUGAGCUCCCCUGCUGCUGGCGAUCGCCAGGAGCUUCAGGGAGCCAUGGCCCCUAGCUCUCCUGAUGCAGGGCCUUCCUGUGCAGGAUCUGAUGAAGGUGCCCAGGGGCCAGAGGAGGAAAGUGCAGGUGCCUCCCAGGCAGCCCCUGCCACUCAGAGCACUCGCAAAGAUCCUCUGGCCAGGAAGGCCAGGAUACUGGUGGAGUUCCUGCUGGAGAAGUACACCAAGAAGGAGCCCAUCACGCAGAAUGCCCUGAUGAAAAUCGUCAGCAGGAAGUACAGGCAGCACUUCCCUGAGAUCCUCAGUACAGCCUGUGAGCGCCUGGAGCUGGUCUUUGGCCUGGAGAUGAAGGAAGUCGACCGUAGCAGGAACAUCUACACCCUCAUCAGCAAGCUCAACCUCGGGGGAAACGAUUGUCCGAGUGGUGAGGUGGGGCUGCCCAAGUCCGGUCUCCUCAUGGUGCUCCUGGGGGUCAUCUUCAUGAAUGAUCUGGUGCAGAAGGGGUACCUGAACUACCGCCAGGUGCCCAAUAGUGAUCCUCCGCGCUAUGAGUUCCUGUGGGGCCCGAGAGCUUGUGCUGACACCAGUAAGAUGAAGGUACUGGAGGUUCUAGCCAAGUUCCAUGGUAGGGUCCCUAGUUCCUUCCCAGACCUCUAUGACGAGGCUCUGAGAGAUCAGGCGGAGAGAGCAGGGGCUGAGAGGGCGAAAGCCUUGGCCACAGGCCAGCUGAUUCAGCCAGUAGAGAGGGUGGAUUCCGAUAUGCUACCAGAAGUCAAG